GAAACCCAUCAGGGAGUUGUUCCAACGUGGAGAGAGAGAGAGAGAGAGGGAGAGAGAGAGAGAGACGGUGGAAAGAAGAGGUGGAAGAGUGAUUGAAACCUCAAUUCAGUAGGUGACGAGUCGGUGAAUCAAGGAGCACCGAAACCAUAGUUGUACUUUCUUUUGGAGUACGAGGCAAGGAAAAUGGAAGAAGAAGCCUCUUCCCAUCCUGAGCAAGCGGAUCCGGCUGCUAGGGCUGCACCGGCAGGAGUUCUGGUAGGGGCUAGGGAUAUCGAUAGACUAUUGGCGGCUUUAGCACAGUAUGCUGAACGACAAGUUGCACCUCCGGUUAAUCCUCCGGUUAAUCAGAAUGUUGGAUUACUAGAGAAAUUCAAGAAGCUGUAUCCAACGGAGUUUGAGGGUACUUUUAAACCUCAAGAGGCAGAGGAUUGGUUAAAAACGGUUGAGAGAGUUCUAACAGCUAUGGGAGUAACUGAUGAACAAAAGGUGACUUUAGCAACCUUCACCUUGAAAGGGCAAGCUUUAUUAUGGUGGGAGGGAAGUCAGAGGUUGUUGUCAGCCCCAUUACCAGGUAUUCAGCCACCAGUGCCACAAGUAAUCACAUGGGCUAGAUUUGUGAAGGCUUUUAAUGAUCGUUACUGUCCUGUGACGUAUCGUUUCCAGCAGGAAGCAGAUUUUAUUAAUCUUAAACAGGGGAGUAUGUCGGUGGCCGAAUAUGAAGCCAAGUUUAAUGCUCUUUCAGCCUAUGCUACGGAUAUGGUGAAUAUUGAAGAAAAGAAGGGUAGACGGUUCAGAGGUGGGUUGGAGGAUAAUGUUCGAACCAGAAUGACAAUUUAUAAAGAAAAAGGCUAUGCGGAUUUGAUUGAAACAACAAAGAUGAUUGGCAAGGAUGUUGAAGAGUUGUUUAGCCAGGGUGAGGGAAAACAGCAAGGUAGUCAAAGCUAUGAGGCAAGUAAGCCAAGUUUUGGCAAGGGGAGUAGUUCAAGUGGACGUGGAACUCCUUUUAAGUGUUAUCGGUGUGGGUCGCCCGAUCAUCGCAUGAGAGAUUGUCCGGAAUCGGGGAAAGGGUUUAAAUGUUUUAGAUGUGGGGAAAUGGGGCAUAUUGCAACUCAUUGCACGAAACCACAAGGUUCAGGUGCAUCUUCUAUUGGCAGUGUUCCGGUUGGCCGUGGAAUGAAUGUUGGUAGGCCUGUUGGUCGGGGUGGUGGAACAGGUGGAUCUACAGCACCGAGGAGAGUGUUCGCCAUGACACGACAAAAUGUCCAGGCAACUCCAAACGUGUGUGCAUUUGAAUAA